AUGGGCCAACACCUGGUGACUCCACCAGGGAUGGCCUGUGAUCCUCCUCAUGUCGAGUACCGAUUGGAUUCUAACAUCUCAAGUUCUAGCAAUGGGGUGCUGCGAUAUGCCGCUUACCACAAAGUGAUGCAAAACGAUCAAAGUGAUCCGUCCAUGGCUUGUUCAUUUCCGGCGUUCCGUUUUGAAACCAAAGGGACAACUGAAGGGAAUAUAAACAGCGUUCAUUUUGAGUUUGCUCUUGUCAAUGAUAAUAGCCUAUACAACUUUGCUUCUGUCGCCGAUCCAUAUACCUUUGCCGAUCAGCUUGUACGCUGUCCCGAGGAUCCUCAUACCUGUGUCUUCACCAAUCUUGGCGGUGACGCUAAGUUGGUGUCGCCCAAAAAUGAGGGAAAUGGAGACAAGGAUCGUUAUGGCCACAUUGCUGCUUUUCUCCGCAAGGCUCCAACAGAACAAAUUCAAUCGGUGUGGAAAACAGUGGCGGAAACCUACAGGGAUCAGCUGCGAGCUCAAUCACCCCAACCUGUUUGGUUCUCUGCAGCCGGUGGUGGGGUAGCAUGGCUGCAUUUUAGAUUCGAUCGACGGCCCAAAUACUACCAUUACACACCCUUCAAGCAGACAUUCUGA